AUGACUUCUAACUCCUUGUGUUCCACUUUCCAUGAGAAGUACCUGACCGUACACAUCCAAGAAAGACACAACGCCCGCUUCUCCGUGACGGUAGCCGUCAAUCCGUCGACCACCGUCCGUCAGGUGAAGCAACGCGUGCAGAAGAAAUGCCUGACAAAAGAUGGCAACUUAUGUGAUUUGGUCAUGUUGCAGCAGGAUGGCAGCAAGGAUUUCUUUUACGUAAAUGUUCUACAGGACGACGAGCUGAUUUAUGACAUAUUAAAUCGGCCCUCAAACAAUUGUUCGUUCUACCUGAAUAUCUCUAAAGGCUUGAAAAUUCGAGUCUACAUGGAGGAGAUCGUUGCAGGGAUGACGUACAAAACCGUGGUCGUUUCACCUUUUUCCACAAGUCAAGAAGUGAUCAAGAUUUUGUUACGCGACCAGCCAAACUAUGCCGAUGAUUUCUAUUUAGUGAAAAAAACAACCGACAAUGAAGGUGACAAAUGA